AUGUCUGCUCGCUCCGCCACCCCUGCCCCGACGCCUUCGCUCGUCAACCGCCGCCUUGCCUCCCUGCUCAUGGUCCUCGAGGCUCCGCCGACCGCCGACGCCACGCUCGACGUGCUCGCCUAUCGCAAGGCCCUGGGCGCCAUCCGCAACGAGGAGACGGAGUUGCGCAUCGCCGCUGCCGUCAAACAGCUCGCCGAGCGGGCGUCGGAGUUGUGGGUCGAGUGGGCGCGCAGUGACUGGCCCGAGCUCGCGACCGCUAUCGAUGCCGAGGUUGAACGAUGCGUCGAAGAGCAGAAGCGCCUCGCCGAAGAGGAAGCACGACAUGUCGAAGAGGCUGCGAAGCGUGCGAAGGCCGCCGAGGACCAUCGCCUCGAAGACGAACGGCAGGCCGCCGACGAGGAGUUGGCGAGGAUCGCGGCCGCCGAGGGGCUUCUCGACAAGGGGAAAGGGCGCGCAAGAGUCGACGAGGAGGUCGCCGAGUUGUCGGACGACCCUUCGCUCAAGACUCCUCGGGCAGUCGAACGCCCGUUCGCGAUGAUGGAGGCCGACAUGGCCGCCGCGGCGAUUGAGAAGCGCCAGUCAGGACAGAAGUGUGAUCAUUGCGCCGGCUACCGCUUGGCCCCGGUCGAGUGUGUGUGGGUCGAGAACGCCACAACCUGCGAGAGGUGCACGCAGUUCCAACAGGGCUGCUACUUCGACAAGGUGUCUGUCCUGGGCAAGACAAAGAAAACGCGCGGCAGGGGAUCAACCACGAAAAAGCGCAUUCGGCCGACCUCUCCUGGGCCUUCGGUCGCGGAAUCGAGCGGUUUGAAGAAGCGCCGAGUCGACGAGCCUCCGCGCCCCCUUCUACGACUGCCUCUCGAUGGGGCCAGCCGCCUUGGGCUCGAACAGGACGACCUCGAUGCGCUCGACCUCGACGACGAGUCUCGGGGGAUCAUCCGCGUCAUCCGCGAGGAGUGCGCCUUCAUCGCUCGUCGUCGAGCGCUCCUACACGACAUGGACCUCGACCUUUAA